AUGGCUACAAACUCUUUUACAAACUUGUUCAAGCUGGGAAGAAGAAAAAGGAGACAUGAUGAUGCAUCUUCAGAUGAAGAUCCAUGUAGUGGUGAUGGUCACAACAGUAGCAUUAGCACUUUUGGACAAAAAAAGCAUCAAAUUAAUGAUGAAGAAAUGGAUGAUGGAUCGAAAAUUGUCACCAAACGUCGCCAUUUAACUACUCCCGUUAAAAAAGAAAUAGAUUUGGCAGAGCAAGAACGCAAAUACGAUGCAGCUAUUCCCGACAAAUACAAAAAAUAUAGGCCAACUGGGUUCCCAUUUAACUUACCACCAACGGGCAGACCGAUUAGGAUUUAUGCUGAUGGUGUGUUUGAUUUAUUUCAUUUGGGCCACAUGAAACAACUAGAGCAAUGUAAAAAGGCAUUCCCCAAUGCUAUCCUAGUCUGUGGUAUUCCAAGUGAUAAAGUGACACACAAAUUGAAAGGUUUAACAGUUUUAACAGAUGAACAACGUUGCGAAACCUUAAAACAUUGUAGAUGGGUUGACGAAGUUAUUCCUAAUGCACCAUGGUGUGUUACUCCCAAAUUUUUGGCUGAUCACAAGAUUGAUUAUGUUGCGCAUGAUGACAUCCCAUAUGUUAGUGCCGACAGUGAUGAUAUCUAUAAGCCUAUUAAACAGUUGGGUAAAUUUUUAGUGACCCAGAGAACUGAUGGUAUUAGUACUAGUGAUAUUAUUACCACAAUCAUUAGAGAUUAUGACAAGUAUUUGAUGAGAAAUUUUGCACGUGGGGCCACGAGACAGGAAUUGAACGUGUCUUGGUUUAAAAAGAAUGAAUUAGAUUUUAAAAAGCACAUUAACGAUUUUAGAACCUAUUUUAAAGAACACAGUGGUUUGAACCAUGCCUCCAAGGAUUUGUAUUUUGAAGUUCGUGAAAUGUUAUUGAAAAAGGCAAUUGGUAAGAAAUUAUAUCAAAAAUUAGUACAAAGACGUCUUGGUAAAAAUAAGAAGAAUUGUAUUACAAAUACUAAGUCUGAUGAACCCGCUUUCCCUGAUAAUGGUGGUGCAGAUAUUUUAAGGAAGAAAUUAUUGGGGAACUUGGGCACAAAUACUAUUGAUUCUGACUUUACUACUGAUGAUGAAAGGGAGUACUCUCCAGCCACAGAAUUUGCUCGUUCGUAUACCGGUGAAAAAGAUUCACCUCUUAUAAACAAAGCUGUAAAUAGUAAGAAGGGUAAGACACAAGAAUAUACUAAAAAUGAAGGAGAAGAGGGUAAAAAUGAUGAUGAUGGUGAUGAUGAAGAAGAAGAGGAGGAGGAGGAAGAGGAAGAGGAAGAAGAGGAAGAGGAAGAAGACGGCGAUGAUGAUGAGGAAUGUGGCAAUGUAAAAGAAACCCGCAAAUAA